UGGCGCCGGGCAGGUCAGGGGCGCACAUCUCUGAGCGGAGCGGAAAGGGCUAGUGGUGGGAGACAGAUAGGUCACAAGGGCAUCAGGGGAGCGAAGGUGAAUCAACAAGGGAGACAGGCUGGUGUGCGCGGCGGUCCGUUGGAGUGUGUCGGCGUGAGGCAGGUGCUGACGGGGAGAGGAGGAGAAGGAGUUGGAGGGGCGUCAUCUGGCGGCGUGAGGGAGGCAGCGGCGGAGGCGGGGAAGACCCACACCCCGGGGACAGCACGUGGCGGCGUUGGCAGGGUGAACCUCGGGCCGUCUGAGGAACACGAGGAUACGCGGGAGGUGACGCAGGGGCUGGCGGCGGCUGACGUACUUGUCCAGCGGCGGAGUGAGCGAAAGCGAGUGUUCGUUGUCCCGGGGCAGCCCGAGGACGAGGACGAGGACGAUAUAGUGAACGGGGAGGCGUGUAGCGUUUUGUGGGAGAGAGAAACAGAGGUGACGGAGGAAGAGGAAGAAGAGGAAGAGGAGGAAGAGUUGCCAGGAGAGGUAGGGGCGCGAUCCCUGGCCCUGGAGGAGCGGCGGCGGCGGAGCUGCGUGGACGGCAAGAAGCGGGUGAGGUUCUCCGUCUCGAGGAUGGACUGCGACACCAACUUCAAGCUGACCAUGUCCAUCAAGAAGGAGUCGGACGGCGUCCCUGUGUUCUUCAAGGUGGACGGCAACAGGUUCAAGAAGGAGCGCACGGUCAAGCUCAUGGUGGACACUCGAUACCGCGUUGACUUCUCCUUCAAGCCCACGCAGACCAUGACGCGGGCGAUCAUCUGCGGGGAGGAGGUGGAGGCGACGGAGCGGGUGUACGACUCCACCGCGUCAGCCUACAGCUCCCGCAUCCACACAGAGGGCGCGCUCCCCUCCCCCAAAGGCCACCGCGACGACAUCCCCUUCGUCGUGCAGCUGAAGGGCGGCCUGGUGAUGCAGAUGUCCCUUCAGGUCAAGUAUUACAAGCACGGGGACUCGCAGCACUGUGACUGGGGCUCCACCUUCCACUGCAUCGAGUACGACUGUGAGACGCACACGGACGCGGGCAUUGUGGCGAUACUGAAGGAGACGGUUCGGUAGACGCCAGCAGAGCAGCCUUCCCGAGCCCCCCCACCGGCGUCCACUCGUGUCCAGCCCUUACCAGCCCUUAUCAGCCCACACGAACGUCGUCUAGUCCUCCUCAGUCCGCCUUAGUUGAAGUCUAGUCCUCUUAAGUCGCUUCCUUUUCAAGUUCAAGUUAUCGAAGUCAUCUCUACUUCAUGUGCAGUCAGAUUUAAUCCUCCUCAGCUUGGGUUUCUGUUGUCCCCAGUCAUGUCUACUUCUCUUCACUCUCUCUCAGUCAUCUCUUUACGAUUCCAGUCUGAUUCUAGUCUCCGUAGUCCACCCCAGUCCUCUCUAGACCCUUCCAGUCCAGUCAAGUCCAUUUUUCAAUAGUCAAUUUAGCUUGCUCCACCUCGGCUUUGUUAUGCUAAGUCAAAUCCACUUACCUCCAGUCCAAUUCAGCCAAGCCUAGUCCUCUUCAGCCCUGCUCUUCUUAUAUUCAGUCUAGGGCAGCCCUGUCCAUUCAUCUCUGUCCACUUCGCUUUGAUGUACGUCAGUCCUUUCUAUAGCUUGUCCCAGUCUCUCUUUUAUUCGAGCAUGUACAGUCAUUUCUAGACCCUCACCCCAGUUCUCUCCAGUCCAGUUACAUCGCGCCCAGUCCAUAGUCCCUCAAACCCUAUCGUCAUGUCGUGUCCAGUCCUCUUUGGCGCUUCCCAGUCCAUCCCAGUCUAGUCCAAUCUUACCAGCCUCCUCUCCCUAGCCUUCCCCCUUUGUCUGGCUCUCUCUUCGGUCCCUCUUCCAUAAGUUUCUAUAUCGCCUUUUCCAUGUGUGGAUUUCUUUCUAAAUCUUCAAUAUUCUCCCGUAACUUCCUCCACCAAAGCUACUUUCUAUUUCGGAUUGAGAGGGGACGAGGCAAUUUUUUUCCCCUCCUCACUUUUUUUCCCACUCAUUCCUUUUAUUUUUUUCCACUUCUCACUUUUUUUCCUUUUUUUCUUUCAUUCCUUUUUGUCGCUUAUUCCUGUCAGUGCCCAUCUCCGCUGCUGUGCUGAGUGUGAUGGGUAGAAAAACUUGCAUAAUUUGACUAUAGUACAUAAUAAUAAUAAUAAUAAUAAUAAUAAUAAUAAUAAUAAUAACAAUAAUAAUAAUAGUGUUAUGAAAGACUGAACGAGUGCAAAAUGUUAAAGAGCAGCGAAUAAUCUGACAUAACGAGGCAAAGCAAGUGAGUAAAAGUUUUAGCCUACCAUUUGCUGUAUUAUUUGGACGCGAGAAGAAAGAAAAGGCAAAGAAAAGGCUGAAAAUAAUGGCAGGAUGAGAAGAGAUGGUGACAGACGACGCCAACAACAACAACAACAACAACAACAACAACAACAACAACAACGGAAAACGACAGAAAACGGCACAAAACCAACAAAAAAAGAAGAAAAACAAAACAAAAUCAAGAAUUCUCCACAACCAGGGAGGCUAACCACAAAAUAGCUACUCGCCUACAUUCAGACUAAAAUUCUUCAAGUAAUUGUUAGGUUAGAAAACAAACUAUUAUCAGUAUAAGGGAGUAAAGGGACAACGAGGGUGCUAGAAUAAAUACUGUUGAGGGGGAGGUGUAGUGUGUGUGUGUGUGUGUGUGUGUGUGUGUGUGUAGCGGGGAGUUGACGUGAGGGAAUUAGAGAAACAUGGAAAAAGAUUAAAGACAGCUCUAAACCUUCAAACUACCGUCCUUUAGCUUUACUUUCCUCUUUCCUGCCUUUCUUAAGCUUUUGAAACAAUCGGUAACUGAAAAUUUAUAUAAACAUUGGUGUUCUACAAGACUGCUAGAUCUUAACAUCCUUGGACUGUCUUUGAAUCAACAUCCCAAUCGGAAACUUUAUUCUUUACUGUUCAUGAUUGGGCCUUAAGAUUGGGCCUUCCGUUAUGCAUUGGAGACAACGAGGGAUGAACGAGAGUUGUGCUUGUUAGACUAUUUUCAUAGUUCGUCGUCAUGAAACACGCUGAAACACACACUCACACUAAGUUUCCGCUAACGAUCCAUGUAGUUAUUCGUUUAGUUUCAUUCGACGUGUAUGACAGUGCAGAUUGGAAAAUGAUCGAGACUUGCCAACUAAGGACAUGACACAAACACACACACAACCGGACUUCAACUCUAACACAAACAACAACAGCCUCUACCACACCGAAACACGACAACCUAACAUAGCGUGACAGGAGGAAGCAGAAACAGGCAAACAGAAAACACAGGCAGGAGGAAUGACUAAUCAACUGGCUCCGGUUUCCAGGAGCAAAUACUAAAUAAUCCUCAAGAGCCGCGAGGAGCAGCGACAGGCCAGCCAUUGAUUAUCGGGGUCUGGGGCCGAGGCGUGCUGGAGCGUGACCCGCCAUCUCGCCCGCCGCGGGACACAAAACGAGGCGGACGAAGACGAGGAGCUGUUGGUGGCUGGCUGAGAUUCGCGGCUCUGAUAGUUUUCUUUUAGUAUCGUCACGGGGAAGAGAGAAUAUUAACUUGCGUCACCCUUCCCCCCUUUCCUCAGUUCACACUCAAUAGGCGGAUUCAGUAAAUGCAUAGCGCUUGACGGCUCCUCCUGUUGCUGCCGACGUAUUGCUCGCAUGUAGGAGUCUCGUCGCCACCGCCGCCGCCGCCGCCGAGUUGCCCUCCGCAUCGGGUCCUGCGUCCUCGCCUCACACGCCCGCGGGACAACGGUUCGCAUGCUGCACGUUGUUAUCCUUCCUAUUUGUCUCGCUUAUUCGUGCAAAUUUUCUACUCACUCUGCAUCGUAAUACAACGCAGAAGCUGUAUAUACACACUGCAUGGCGCAGAGCUCCGUUCCUUCACCGCGGCCGCACACGCAGCAGUCUGAUUGGAAGAGCGAUGCAACUGUCUCCAUGGAGUGCUUCCUGCAACCAUUUUUCUUAGAGGUGAGCUGCCGCGUCCUCUGCUUGCUCCUACCACGAGAAGUAAAACAGAGCAACAGCCUUUGAGGAUAAGCUUUUCCCUCUCGCCGCUGCCUCAGUUUUUAAAAUUCAAAAUAAUGGACGGGGCCUUUUCAUGGAGUACCAAAAAGGGGCCGAGCCAUUAGACCGUCUCUCACGGCUUCGAAAUUAAUCUAAAUCAUCCUGCUGUAAGGAGCCGCUUGGCUGCCGGGCCAAUAUCCGCCGCGACCGUUCUAUCAUCCUGAAACACUCGGAUGCAAUUAAAGGCGAGUGAGUGCCAGCGAUAACUUAACAUCGAGAGCUCAAUUGGUAUUCAGAUCGAACUAAUUAGCUUUCGAAUGCAAAUUUAAGCCCAGUCCAAACCAGAUAAGAGCCGUGGAGUUCGGCCAAAGCUUGCAACAACACGACCUCACUUUUCCUAACUUUUCCAGAUCCUGCCAGACCUCCUCCGUCAGCCUUUGCUUCCGCGAGAAAAUGUACGUGUACAGACUUUUUGCUGCAGGGGAUGUAUUGUUCUUCUGUUUUAUCUCAAACGUUUGUAAGCAUUAACGAAUGUCUCUGUGCAGCAAUCACUAUGCACCAUAAGUUUCAGAUUUUUAAAUUGAUCCCCCAUUUAUCUGCUCCAUGAAUCACAGCGAGGCUCUGCACGUUUGCUUUGUCGUCCAGUAACUGAAUUUAUUGCAGUGAUAGCCGUGGCGAGGCGUUGAUUUAAUAUCCUUUCAUCACACGCUUGCUAAGGACUGCUCGGCCUCUAACGAGCAACGUGGACGGUGUCGCGCCGUGUCCCGCCCACAACACGAGGCUCAAAAGCUGACCCAGUGGACUCAGCCGGACCAGGGGCCGCUUUGGACUGAUUUAUCUUUCCCUGCUUAUGACUUGCUCUUACUGAAGGAAUUCUCCAUCAGGAUAGGACGGGAAGCCGAGGCCCGAACUUUGCUAUCGUGGGCGGGAUUUCAUUGCCCCGACAAUGAUGCCUAGUGAAUUAUGAUUUGUAAGCUCCUGUUAUUAGUAACUAUUAACUAUAAGAUGGCUAUAUCAGAAAAGAGUUGAUGACUAUAACUAGGCGGUGGUGGUGCAGCGGGCACACGCCAGCAGGUGCGGCGUCGCGCUCGCCGCUCUCCUGCUGUGCCGCUCGCCACGACCUGUACGCGGCGCCUCGGGGUCCGGCACUGUCACCGUGUCCUUUACGUUCCUUCCGCCGAUGCAAACACUUCUCUUCGUCCUGUUUUCUUAUUUACUUUCCACGCACCGAGGAGCUUCGUAAUUCAGCACGAGUAGUUCCUGAUUGGUCCGUUUACUCGUCCUUGCUCGCAGGGGUUCAGAGCAGAGCAUGUUUUCUUCCUGAGGCCGACCCGCCGCUUUGGCCCUCCGCCUCGCUGGCCUCGCCGUUUAUUAUUUUUGCUCCCUUCAUUCGCAGUCAACGCAGUAACUCUAAUUAUAACGUGUCCAUUGCAGAGUGGAUGCCAAUAAGUACGAGCGGAAACUGAAGCUGCUGCAAGCCUGAGGUUAUCAGUAUUAAUGAUGGAGGUCACGCACAAUGCAGUCAGUUCCAUGUCAUGUUUCAGUGCUUCGUGAGGCGGCCCAGACGGGUGCCGCGGCAGGGUCCUGGAGUGCCGGGCGGCGCGCGCGGGGACGGGGCGAUGCUGGCGUCACGAGGCCCACGCGGGAGAUGAAAAGGUCAAAUUAGGGUCAUACGCUAAAGGUGCGCGUGGCCUCGGUACUCAUCUCCGUCACAUAGGCCCACACGGGAGAUGUUGCUAUCGUUGUAUAUAGGUCAUGUAGGAGGACACGGGCUACACGGGAGACUUCUGUUUUGGGUACACGUUGGGUACACGUAGGAUGACUGCCGUAGGGUCGUUAGGCUUAAACUAGGGGGAAAUUGCUAUUCCGUGAUGGACCACACAGCAGUAGUGACAGUUCGAGUCUGCUAAAGGACUUUCCGGAAUGUUAUUUUCGCACUGUUUUCGUUCAGGUGAAUGAAAACAAACUGUUUUUCAGAAAGUUUUAAAAUUGCGCCACGUUACCCUCCAGUUCCAUUAUUCUAACACAACACUACAGCCAGUUUACGCUGCGCAGCCCCAGCGGUGUGGCCAUCUCGUUAUUUUAUCCUAACAAUAUUUUUGCUUGUCUUAAUAACUACGCCGCACUAAGUCCUUGUCACAUUAACGCUGCAGUACUUAUGUUGCCUUGCAAUUAGCUGUGUUGGUUUGCCAUUAACGUCACAGUCAAUAAACAGAAGCCAUCCCGGCGGCCAGUGAAAAGAAAGCACUCCCAUAAAAGUGCAACAAUGUAACGUACGUAAUGAGCGUUGCCUUGUUCCGCGGAGCGACCGUCUGGGCCUCGUAACGUCAUGCGCGGGGAAGGACUCGCUUUCGUUCACGUGCGCGCAGACCCGACACUCCCUGGACCCGGCGUGCGGCGAGUGAAGUGUCGUGCGGCUGUAUUACGAGCUGACAUGCGACCCGAGAGUGGCGACAAGGGAAUCGAUACGCUCCGCUGCGCCGCUUAACGAAGUGUGCCGACAGAGAGAGAGAGAGAGAGAGAGAGAGAGAGAGAGAGAGAGAGAGAGAGAGAGAGAGAAUACUACAUACAAUUUCGUAAUGUUCAAUGACGUGCUAUAACUAAGCAAUAAGUCACCGGCGGCACCACGCGGACCAGCCUGCCAGCGCCAACGCCCUCCCUCCUGAUGAUGGUGAUGGUGGUGGUGAUGGCAGAACAGGUCUUGUCCGGCGCAGCUUGUGACGCGCAUGUGGGCAGCAGCUCCCGAAACUACCUAUGUGGUGCUAAAUAUGGCAAAAUGGACAGUAAGAAACGCUGCCUGAACACCUGUCUAAUCUGUACCGCUAAUGAGCCAAUCAACGCUACCAUACAAAUCCAAACAUCCAUCAACACACGCGUCAAACAACAUCGACCAUUGCGUCAGAUUGUACAAUGCAUCACUUUUUAAGAUACUUUCGGGAGCCGCUGCGCACGUCACCCAACCCUCGCCCAGGUAGUCAACGCUUCACGGUCACUCCCUUUUGACCUUUCCUGUACCCACCGACGCCUCAGCAGUCGUCGCCGCCUCGCCCGUAGCCGCCACGUAGCCUAGCCUCGCCGUCCCUCUCUAAGUAGGCCUGACGCCGCUGACACGGUACUCGUUUCGUCAGGAGUUGUGGUGCCGAUAAUGAUACCCAGUCACGAUCUAUGCAGACUUCAUUCCUCACGUGGUAUUCGCGCUUGCUCGUCUGUGUGUGAGCUGCCUUCAAGUCUGGUACAGUUGUAUAUACUUAAUCAUAACACUACUACACAUUAUGGGAAUUUUGAAACUAUAUAAAUGUUAUUUUUUCCUGCUAAAUAAACUUAUAUAGUUAU